UCUUGCUUUUCUCGAUUGUUGUGAGGAUGGAAAGAAGUGAUGAUUGCAAAAUACUUUGUUGACUUCAAAGUAGUUUAGAAACGUGUUGAUUAUUAUUAUUUUUAAUUUGUUUUAAGAAUGUUGUAGUUGUUGAGAAAAUGAAAGUAGUUUGUAUAGAUAUGUGAAAUUAUUAGUUGGAGGCAGGAGAUACUCUGAACGUAUGUUGGAAAAAUUGCUGGAUUUUAAUGUCAUAGGUAAAUGACUAUCAACUGGCCAGUUCUAUUGAAAGCCUGACUUUCUCAUUUCAGAUGACUGCCCAAGAACUACUGUCUAUCUGUUUCCAGGUCGAAUGAAAACAGGAACAAUGGCUACUCUGAAUAUGGCUUCUUCAGUCAUUGAAAAAGAAAGACAAAAGUUAGUUAAAAUUCUGCAGGAGGAUCCUGAUUCUGUGUUAGAUACAUUAACUUCUCGGAAUCUAAUUUCUGAAGAGGAAUAUGAGAUCUUGGAGACUAUCACAGACCCACUGAAAAAAAGUAGGAAGAUAUUAAUUCUGAUACAGAAAAAAGGAGAGAGAAGUUGUCAACAAUUUCUGGAGUAUUUACAUAGUACUUUUCCGGACUCAGAAACCAGUUGGUGGUCUGCUCUUGAAUUUAUUAAACAAGAAAAAGAACAUGAGAAAGCAGAAGCUCCUCUAUUCAUGGAAGAGAACAAGAAUUCAGAAGUUACUCUGCUCACUGAAAAGAAAGAGUACAAGAAUACUGAUGCUCUUAUGUCUAUAGAAGAGAGCCAAGAUCUAAAAAUUACUAGGCCUGCAGGGAACAAAGGAGCUAAUAAUUCACCAGUCACUGGGUUCUCCAUGGAGGAGGAAGAGGAAGGAGAUGAAUUGGAAGACACAGAGAAUGGAGACCCCUAUGAAAAUCCAGACGCUAUUGUGUACUUAGGAGAAGAAUGGGAAGAUGAGAGUCCAGAUACUGAUUUAUACUUAGAAAAAGAGGAUUAUUUAGAACGUGAGGCAUAUUUUGAACAUUCAGGAUCAUCAGAGGAAGAGGAAGUCUAUGUGGAUCUAGAAAACACUGAGUACUGUGGGGAAAAUGACAUGAUUGAGUACUUGGAUAGUGAACAGAGCUUUGAAAAUUUAGAGGCUGAAGAGUAUCUGGAGGAGGAUGAAGCAGAUUUGGAAGAGAGAAGAAAAACAUUCAGAGAAAUCCUGUCAUAUUUGGAAAUGGACAGGAAUAAGAAGCUUCUACCAAGUUUUGUUCAUCAGUUCCGCUUGGACCAUGGAUGUCAUUGGAUCCCUCAGACGUCAGCAGACUUAGCCUGGAAUUUCCUAUUAAAAAUUCAAUCUUUAGAUUUGACUGCCAGAGAUACAAUCCUUGGCCAGAGGAUUGCAGAUGAGGAUGGCAAAGAGGGAUUGAUCAGUAAGGUAGAAAAUAUGGGUCUUAGAGACAAAGAUACCAUUAAUCCAUUGGAUGUUCUUUGUGCCAUCAUGCUUUGUUCAGACAUCUCCUUGCAGCAGGAGGUCUUGGGGAACAUGUUUAAGUGCCACUUUGCUCUUCCUUUGCUGCUACCAGAUGCAGAGAACAAUAAGUGCAUUUUGAUGAUGGGGGCCAUGAAGAAAAUUGUACUAAAGGACUUAGUAUAUUCUCUAGGAGAUGCUGCUGAGGUUGGCGUAAAGUCCUUAGUGUUUAUGAAAAUGCCCCUUAUUUCUUUUGUUCGAUUGGGGUGCUGUGAUUCAUCUAAAUCCAGGAUCCUUAAUGCAAUCCUCAGCCUUCCUCAAGGGCAGCCUCCUGACAUCUUUCUCCAUCGAGACUCUCAUACCUCAUUACUUCCUCGGCAAAUUUCUGAUGGUUUGGUAGAGAUUACUUGGUGUUUCCCUAAUAGUGGCACUGGUAAGGAAAAUUCUGACUUUUUCCAAGAGCCUGUGGCUGUGGCCAAUCUUAGGGGAGAUCUGGAGGGCUUCUGGAUGCAAUUUGGCUUUUUAAUGGAGGUCUCCUCUGCUGUGUUCAUUUUUACUGACUGUCCAGGUGAAAGCGAAUGGGACCUCCUGGCAUUUCUAGGAGAAUCUGCUAAGGAAAGAUGCUACUUCAUUCUCAGUCCCCAGUCUAGGGAAAGUGAGGAAGCCCAAUUAUUCCAGAGAGUUCUGAAACUGAAGCCAUCACAACUGCUGCUUCUAGAGGAAAGUGAAAUGGGGGAUAGAGGAAAGGAUGCAGAGGGCCUUCGAAUAGCCCUGAAAAAGGUGAUGUGCUCUCCUCUCAGAUAUGUGUCAGUAGAAGAUAUGGCAUCCUUAGCCAGAGAGUUGGGAAUCCAGGUUGAUCAGGACUGUGAGAAAACCCAAGGUGUCCAAGGUACCCUUAGUGAAGCUAUACCUGAAGCAGGUGAGGUUGAAGUACCCCAGAGCCAUACCCUUUUCACAGAUCUAUCAGAAAGCCAGUGUGAAAUGCCUACAGAAGGGAGUGGGAUUUUUAGCCGAGUCCACUGCCAACCUCAUGCUUUCCAUCCUCCUACAUCAUUUUCCUCUGAGCCAUGGGGCUGGAGACUCCCACAGACCAUAAUUAAGGGUAAUCCUUACCACCCCCCUCUGAGACCUCACAGGACCACAGAUCCCAAUGUGUGGGCAGGGUUUAGUCCCAGAUUGUUUGGCUCUAUGGCCUUUCACAAUAGAAGCACCAAUAAACGAGGCAGAAGUCCUGGCAGAGGGGCUUUUCAACCCCAGAGAGUUCAUCAAGCUGCAGCAUUAGUAAAAUCUUCUAGUUCUUCCCAAGUAUAUCAUUUGGCAAGACCAUUCAAACCAGUUUCUCAAACUGUGCAGGCCCCAUGCCAGGGAUCUCAGUCAAAAAUUUUAAGAGCCAGUAGAUUUGCUUCUCAGGCAGGUCAUUUGCAAACCAUAAAACCACAAGCAGCGGGAACAUCUAUUCAACCUAUGCAACAAGUUUUUAAUUUAAUAGAUUCCAGGAACUCAGGAUUCCAACUUAAAGGAAUGACCAAGAAACCCAUCAGAGAAGUAUCAAAGUCAAGACAGGAUCAGAUUGAAGAACAGUCCACAGAAAUAUUUGGGUGGCCAGCCUCCCAAUCACGGGGAGCAAAGCUAAAAAGAACAUUUGGGACCCAGAAAUCUCAGCAAUCAGGAGUAACUGGGCAGACAACGAAAUCAUCCUGUCAGAUAGGAAGCUUCAUGCCCCAGCAACCUCAAACAGCCAGAGCAACUGGGAGGCCCAUAAGACCUGCCUGUCAUCCAGCAAGUAAACGGCAACAGGGCCAGACCACAAAACCUGCUUCCCAAACAAGACAUUCAUACAAUCAGAGUGGUAAACCCCCACCCAAGUCUCCGUUUAAUCCUCCUCACAAUAAGCCAUCCUGUUCCACAGGAGGAGCCAAGAGGAGAGGAACAUAAUCCAAUACUUCUGAAUCUAGUGAGUCUAAUAAAUGAGGCAGUUAAGCAGUGCAUUGGAUUGAAUGCUGGAGCUAGAGUAAGGAAAACCUGAAUUAAAAUCUGUUUCAGAUAUUUACUGUGAGAACUGGGAUUUAACCUCUGUCUGCCUCAGUUUUCUCAUUUGUAAAAUGGAAAUAAUACUAGAAGUUACAUUCCAGGAUUAUUUUGGGAAUAUAAAUUGUGAUACUAUUUGUAAAGGUCUUUAUAAACCUUGAAAUACAUAUGAAUGCUAGAUAUUGUUGUUAUUAUAAACUAAAUCUCCUUAAUUAUUACUCUGUAUCUCAUAUAACCAUUCAGUUGCCAGAUUAGUUUAUUUGAUGUGCCACUUGAUCUUUUUGAUUUAUUUCUCCAUCGCUAGAGAUCCUUAAAUAGCUAACCCUUACCCAAGGAAUAAAUUAAAAUUCCUAAGACUCUCUAUAAUUUGGCUCUAAUUUAUUUUUUGGAUUAGUGAGGAUGAGGGGCUUGGAUUUAAGGAGCCCAUUUUUUUUCUUUAUUUUCUCCAGGAUAAAGGCAGUCCUGGCAUUAGGGUACUUGUAACUUUAUAGUGUCAGGAUAGAGUAGAUUUUUAGGCUCAAAUUAUUAAUAGGAAAGAUCCCACAGGGUUUGGAAACAAAAGCAUUUUUCUUCUAUUCCAGGAUUCUUUUCCAUUCCACAAAUAUUUCUUAAAUGACUGUUAUCUUUAUAUCCCUGAGCUAGGAAUUGGGGAUAUUAGUUCUGUAUAUUAGUUAUAUAUUAGUUAACUUGAUAUGUUAAUAAAUACUUAUUGAUUGAUUGGUUUUUUUAAAAAUAUGAAAUAUACAUCUAUAUAUUUGUAGUAAGU